AUGUCCGGCCAGGUCUCCUCGGCAGCCUCCAACGUCGCCGCGUCGCGGUUCCAGGCGUUCAUGAACCACCCAGCGGGUCCCAAGACCAUCUUCUUCUGGGCCCCCAUGGCCAAGUGGUCGCUCGUCAUUGCUGGUCUCAAGGACCUGGGCCGUCCUGCGGACAAGCUCUCGCUCUCGCAGAACCUUGCCCUCGCCGCUACUGGCUUCAUCUGGGUGCGCUACUCCCUCGUCAUCACCCCCGUCAACUACUCGCUCGCCGCCGUCAACUUCUUUGUCGGCUCAACGGGUAUGGCGCAGCUCUACCGCAUGUGGGACUUUAAGAGGAACAACCCCGAGGCGGCCAAGCUUGCCAAGGAGGUGCUCUAG